AUGGUUUCCUUUUCUGCCAAAACUUUUGCUGCAAUUGCACUCUAUAUCUCUACUUUCGUCUCAGCUGCUCCAACGGUCGGUCUCUCCAUUAGAGCCCCCAAGGUUGUUGGUCUUGAUUUUGAAACUAAAUCAGGUAAAAGUUUGAACUCCACUUCCAUCAUUCAUAAGCGUGAUGAUGAUGAAGUGACUUUAACUAAUGAAGGUCUUUACUAUAUUGCUUACUUGGAAUUUGGAUCAAAUGGUCAAUCAAUUGGUGUUGACAUUGACACUGGCUCUUCUGACUUAUGGGUGCCAGAUGUGAGUCUUAAGGGCCAGAAAGUAGCACAGUAUGGCACAUUCGAUUCCUCUUCAUCUUCCAGCUUCCAAGACCCUGGUUUAGAAUUCAGUAUUACAUAUGGAGACCACACUACAACUCAAGGCAAUUAUGGAAUUGACACAGUUAAAAUAGGUGACGCUUCAUUAAGUAACUUUCAAUUUGCAAUUGCUGACUCCACCUCAGUUAAUAAUGGUAUAUUAGGUAUUGGUUUAACAGCUUUAGAAGCACCUGUUUAUGAUGGCUAUGGCCCGGAGUAUGACAAUCUUCCAGUAGCGCUCAAGAAGGCCGGAAUUAUUGAUUCUGUUCAGUAUUCGUUGUACUUAAAUGAUCCAAAUUCCAAGUCAGGUUCUGUUUUAUUCGGUGGCAAAGAUUUGGCUAAGAUUGAUGGUGACUUAGUCACUUUGGAACACUCUGGAGAUGCUGCCAGACUUGAUGUUACUUUAGAUAGUCUUACACUCAAGGGCCAGAAUAUAGAUGUCAACGCAGCCUUUAAUUUGGAUAGUGGAACAGCUAUUACUUAUUUUUCCGAUGACGUUUAUAAUUCAUUUCUUAGUAUUAUCGGAGGUGACGGCUCUCUUUACCAAGAUUUCUUACCUAUUGUCCCUUGUCAGACAUCCGGAAAUUUAUCCUACAAUUUCAAGGGUGUUACAAUUAAUGUUCCGCUUACUAGUAUUGUUAAGUCGAUUGGUGAUGGUUCUUGUGCUGCAUAUUUCGUGGGAGGUGGAGACAAUAUCUUAGGAGCUAGCUUUUUACCAUGGGCAUACCUAGUGUAUGAUCUUGAAAACUCGCAAAUAUCUAUUGCACAGGCUAAGUUUACAUCUGAUUCUAAUAUUGUCAGCUUAUAG